UGACCGACUAUUGCCUAUUCAACGUCCAUUGGUAUCGUCCCCUGCCAUUGAUUGCGACCUUAGAUACAACUGCGACUUCAGUGACACUUCAGGCACCUCCUGCUGCUCGAAGUGGUCUGGAGCUCGUGGAGGGAGGCAAAAAUGUCCAGUGUCAGCGUCGCACCGCCAAGCUUGGUCCUCCACCGCCGUCACCAAGGAGCAGCCCAGCUCCUUUGUGGGGCAUGUUUUCGCUGCGAAGAGACUGACAGCUCAUCUUUACACCGCUCAUCAACGCGGGCAACUCCCAAGAGGGCUCGUAGUUUGGGUUGCUACGCCGUCCAAGGGCAGGCUGUUACCCUGUUCAAUCCCGAGGACAGCCGCUUCAGCCCUCUGCGAACGUUUCCACUUGAUUCUUCCGAAACAUUGACUGCAGCACCACUAGUUCUCAUCACCUCUCAUGGGAAACAGGCAGCAGGGUCGACACAGGCAGGCGAUCUGGCGCCAGAAAAGAGUCCUGCUCGAAAAGGAAAGCAGCAACGAGUCAAGGUCGUGCUGUGUGUUGAUGACGGCUCCCGGGUGCAAAUUCGCAUACAUUCUUUCACAUUCUUGGGGAAGACCCUGGCUGAAACCGAAAAUCUGGACCAUGCGAGCCAUGACUACAGCACGCAAAGUGUCGUCAGCGCUGAGCGCAUUUCUUCCUUGCUACUGCUGAGCGCAAGGCAUGUGCUGUGUCGCACCGAUCAAGCCGUGUACAAGCUUUUCGAUAUCGAUCAGCCCUCCAGGCCCCCCUCCGAUCUGGAGAACCAAGAGCCUCUCAGUGGAGAAACUGUCGUGCUGGAAGAGUCCAUCGUGGUGCUUGGAGAUGUCGACUCCUCCAUGCACUUGAUUACCAUUGUGGCGCAAAGCGACUUUCGCUUGAACACCAAAAGUCGUCAAAAGCGAGGCAGGGCUGAUCGGGUGACCAAAGAUUGCCAUACAAGCGGUGGUCUGCAAAAUGCCGCCAUUCAAAUUCGGACCUUGCAUCAACCGCCAGAGAAUGAAUGCUCGAUAGGACUGACCAUCGUCAACUCCCGCCAAGUAGCAUGCAACCUUUCUGAAGUGGCGGUUGCGGCAUCAGUUCACAGGUCUGGGGUUAUCAGCAUCCUGAGCCAAAGCAGCAUUCACACUGCGCGACUUCAGCUCGAUGACAAUGACGAGCUGCGCUUGGAUUGGCAGGCUAUCCGGUGGUCAGAGAAACUGGAUGCAAAACCUCAAAGAGGAGCGAGCCUACUAUCACUCAAUGCUUCUUUUCUGCUGUGCAACACAUGGGCGCCGGGAGGUCAGGCGUGCUCUUCCGUUUGGGACGUGGAGCUGGGAAUACUUGUCGCAAGUACAACUUGGCCGCUGAUGGGCUCUUCCUCGGCAAAUUCAGCGGGCCCUCAUCAAUGCCGUCUCUCCGCACUUCGCUUGCCGGGAGACAAGGUGUUGGUGGAAUGCAGUAAAGAAAUUGACACUACAGGGCUGGAGUCUGCAAUUCAGCUGCUUGCGACCAGGGUGCCAGAAGAGAGUAGUAUAAAGACGGCUCUCGACGCGAUUGCUGUUGGUGAUCUGGUCAUCGAGACAGCCAGUGCGGGCGAGGCACCCUUAGACGGUAAGCAAAGUGCUAUUUUAACCACUCUUUUAGGCUUUGCGGAGGCGAAGGACGCUACCGGUCUGGACGAUGCGUUCAGCCGAUGGCUGACAGAACAAGGAAUUUCGGCUGCAAUCGUCCAAUCUGCCAAGCGUGAUAAGGGUCCUGUCCCACCGGCCCUACUGCACCCUGGAUUUGCAGCUGCCUGUCUCCACGCUUCGCUUCAGUCAGAACCGCCGGCGGAGAGGACUAUUCGCGCUUUGCUUGCCUUUCGCGUAGUCCGUGGAAUUAUGCCGUUGUCAGGCGAUAAAGUUCACGUGCUACCUCUCCUCGCAGAGCGAUGUACAACUCCAACGACCUGUCAGGCGAUUCGCGACGUGCUAGAUCUCUCUGAGGCAGACGCAGUUCGCUCGCUGGGCGAAAUACUGCGUCAUAACAGUUCUACCACAGAUGGAGCCGAUAGCGGAACGCAGGAAGCGCUCCUUGUUAUCGAAGCUAUUGCUAAGGCGUCCUUCAAUCGGUCAAAGCUGCGCGUUGCUUUCGCCUCUGAAUUUGCAGAUCGGUCGUCCAGGCUGAAGCUCAUUGCCACACUCUCGGACGCGUUUCGUGGCGCGCUCUUGUCUCCGUCCCCAUCUGCAAACACUGGACGAGCCAAUGCAACAAAUGCGCCGUCUCCGCAGUUUGCCACCAUCGUCCAAGACGUGGUAGAUGUGCUCUUUCCCGCAUUCAUCUCGGGACAGAUGCCAGCCAGCAGUCUACUUCAGCUCAAUCGCCGCAUAAGUGACGAGGUUUCGCUCAGCAUCGCUUUGCAGUCUCUUCGGGGCCCAACUUCUGCCUUUAAACAAAUGGAGACCGACAAGCGGAGAGCUCUUGCAGAGUCAGGCGUUCACAAGAACGGAUCCAAGCAAAGCUUGAAAGUGCCUUCGGCGGUUACACAGACGGGCGGUGGACUACGCGGCGCUUCAGAGAAGCUCAGUAAGCGCGCUGCAGCGGCGAAAGCAUCAGCUAGCUAUGGACCUUACACCAUAGAUCGUAUUUUGCUAUGAAUCAC